AAUAAAUCUUGAAAUGACAAAAUAAACAUCAGCAGAUCAAAUGAAAUGAAGGAUCCAAUAAUCAGAUGGUACUGCGAUGGUACCACAGAACCGAACCAGCCGGUGAGACACUGUUUACUGCAGUGGCUCAGAGCACGACCCGAUUGGACCCGAUUGGACCCGCCUGACAGCAGCUGCAGGUUAAAGUCCUGCUUGUUCCAGGUUGUUCGGAUCGUCUUCUUUUCCUUCACUGCUGAACGUCUGGGUUGGGAUCGAUUAGUCGAUCAAUCGAUCGAUCGAUCAUCUCUGCAGGAAAAAUGUCCACAGCUGGGCAGGUCAUCAGAUGCAGGGCGGCGGUGUGCUGGGCGCCCGACACGCCGGCCGCCAUCGAGGAGAUCGAGGUGGCUCCUCCUGAGGCCGGUGAGGUCCGCAUCAAGAUCGUGGCGACCUCGCUGUGCCACUCGGACCUGUACCACCUGCUGGAGAGCAAGGCCGCAGACGGCUUUCCCACGGUCCUGGGCCACGAGGGCGCCGGCGUCGUGGAGAGCGUCGGACCUGGAGUCACAGAGUUUCAGCCCGGAGACAAGGUGAUUCCUCUGUUCCUCUGCCAGUGUAAGGAAUGUCGGUUCUGUCAGAGUCCGAGGACCAACCAGUGUGAGAGAGCAUGGACCAGAAUUCGCCAAGAAAUUAUGGCUGGAGUGGAAUCCAGGUUCACCUGCAAGGGGAAGAGAGUCCACCAGCUCAUGGGAACCAGCACCUUCUCUGAGUACACCGUGGUCAACCAGAUUGCUGUGACCCGGAUCGACCCCGCGGCUCCUCUGGACAAGGUCUGCCUGCUGGGCUGCGGGAUCUGCACCGGCUACGGCGCCGCGGUGAACACCGCCAAGUCCCAGGUUGCAGAGGUUGGGAUUACUGUGUUCCGGGUCUCAGAGGUUCUGGUGUGUCCAGGUGGAGGCGGGCUCCAGCUGCGCCGUGUUCGGCCUGGGAGCCGUGGGCCUGGCUGCAGUCAUGGGCUGCAGGGCGGCAGGAGCCAAAAGGAUCAUCGCUGUCGACGUCAACCCGGACAAAGCGGACAAGGCCAGAGAGUUGGGCGCCACCGACUUCCUGAACCCCAACGACCAGAACCGGCCCAUCCAGGAGGUGAUCUGUGGGAUGACCGGGGGAGGGGUGGACUUCUCCCUGGAGUGCGUGGGGAACGUGGAGGUCAUGGUGAGGUCAUGCGCAGCGCCUUGGAGGCCAGCAUGGAGGCCUGGGGGGUCAGCGUGGUGGUCGGCUGGACCGACAUGUUCGACAUCACCAUCCGGCCGCGCCACCUGAUCUGCGGCCGGACCUGGAAGGGCUCCAUGUUUGGAGGGUUUAAAGCUAAAGACGGCGUGGCAGGGAUGGUGAGAGCCUACCUGGAGAAGAAGGUGAAGCUGGACGAGUUCAUCACCCACAACAUGGCGCUGGACCAGGUCAACGACGCCAUCGAGCUGAUGAGGAACUCCCAAUGCGUCCGGGUCGUCAUGAAGGUUUCUCCUGAGUAGAACCGGAGCCGGUUCUGAUGUUUGGUUUUAUUCUGGGUUUUUAUCCGUCUGCUGAAACGUGACGGUCUGACAGACAUCGUCUGUUCCAGGGUCAGACAGGAAACAUGCACCAAGACUAAACGACACCAUCCAGCCAGAGGAAACCGGCACCGUUUUCCAGUUUGACACAGUUGGAGCUGAUAUGGAGGAAACGUCUCAGAAGAA